CCUCCCCCAGGUAGUUGGUUAAAUGCAAUCGUGUCAGUAACGAAGGAGGGGUAACCAUGAGAAUAGCAGGAGCUGCGAAACUGGUGGUAGCGGUCGCGGUGUUUCUGCUGACAUUUUAUGUCAUAUCUCAAGUCUUUGAAAUAAAAAUGGAUGCCAACCUAGGAAGUCUGUUUGCAAGAUCACCACUGGACCCACCUAUACACUCCACAAAACCACCAAGAUAUAAAUGUGGAACUACAAAAGCUUGUCCAGAGAAACACUUUGCUUUCAAAAUGGCAAGUGGAGCAGCCAACGUCGUCGGACCUAAAAUUUGUGUAGAAGAUAAUGUGUUGAUGAGUGGAGUUAAAAACAAUGUUGGGAGAGGCAUCAACAUAGCUUUGGUAAACGGCAAAACAGGUGAAGGAAUGGACACAAAGUUUUUUGACAUGUGGGGAGGAGAUGUAGCCCCACUUAUUGAAUUCAUAAAGACUAUUCCAGAUGGAACUAUUGUCUUAAUGGCAACCUAUGAUGACGGCGCCACUAAGCUUAAUGAAGAGGCACGGAAACUAAUCGCUGAAUUGGGAAGCACAUCCAUCACGAGCCUUGGCUUUAGAGACAAUUGGGUCUUCUGUGGUGGGAAAGGAAUCAAGACAAAAAGUCCAUUUGAACAGCAUAUUAAAAACAACAAAGAUACAAACAAGUAUGAAGGAUGGCCAGAGGUCGUGGAGAUGGAAGGGUGCAUCCCACAGAAGCAAGACUGACGGAAUUGUAAAAACGACACGUGCAGAACAGAACGUUGGGAGGAAAACGCACUCUCUUCUGCUGUUGGGUUUUGGAGAGAGUACUGUCCAUGGGCAGGAUCCUUCCAGGAUGGUACCUUGCACAAGCGCUGUAGAAAUGAACAGGACUUGCACAAGAAAAUGGUGAAGGACUCCCGUUCAUCGAAAGGGGACUUCUGCAGGAAAAGGUCCCAGCGGAUUGUGCCCUGUGUAAAUAUUUUCCAAGCAUGUUUCCACCUUAGAGUGUGCAUGAGCAUUGAGUUUUGAAUAUCUGGCUUAUUUAUUGUUAAAAGAGAACUUUGGGUUUUUGUAAAUAGGCCCCAAACAAAUUAAACAAUUGUUUCUAAUGCCAUUCCGCUAAAAGCACAAUGAUGAGAUUACUUUAUGGUAUGUAUCUUUUAGAACUUCUGGUGUAGGUAGUCAAUGUAUCUAAUAAAUAACUGAACUGAUACUGAA